AUGGCAGUGUCAGCGGAAGGGCGAUCCUUGCCACAGUUCUUCAUUUUUCUACGCAAGCGUUUCAAGGACUAUUUUUUGCGUGAUGGACCGACCGGCUCUGCAGGUGCUGCAAAUUCUAGUGGGUGGAUGAACGCGGAGCAUUUCAACCAAUUUUUGAAUUUUUUCCAACAACACGUUCGUGCCUCCGUCGAUGCCCCCGUCUUGCUCGUGCUUGAUAAUCAUGAAUCUCAUUUUUCCAUCACUGGACUCGAUUUCUGCAAAGAAAACGGGAUAAUUGUGCUGUCACUUCCACCUCACUGUUCCCACAAGCUGCAACCAUUAGACCGCACUGUCUACGGUCCUUUGAAAAAAGCUAUCAAUUCUCAGUGUGACAGUUGGAUGACAGCAAAUCCUGGAAAAACGAUGACAAUUUAUGACAUCCUUGGAAUAAUUCAAAAAUCAUUGCCACGAGCUGCGACGUAUGAAAACAUAGUUUCCGGUUUUGAAUGCACAGGGAUUUCGCCAUUCAACAAGAACAUUUUUCAAGACGUUGAGUUCCUUCCAAGCAGCGUUACAGAUCGGGAUAAUCCUGUGCUUUCCAGUUCUUUUGCGGCCAAUAAAAAUGACGAGACUUUGCAUUUGCCAUCGACAUCUGCGGCUUCCGUAACAUUGGAAAUAACAAAUGAACCCAUUGCUUCGUCAUCUUUUCGUCACAAAGAUCAGGAAAAUAUUGCUGCCAUCAUGAACACCGAAAGAAGAAACAGGAGCACUUUAACUGAAACCACAUAUAGCAAGGAACUCAGCUUAACACUCGAAACCAUCCAGCCGUUUCCAAAAGCAGCGCCAAGGCAGCAAACACGAAAAGAGCGCAAACGCAGAAAAAGUGCUAUUCUUACAAAUUCACCGGAGAUGACAGAAUUAGCAAGAGAACAAGCGGAAGCAAAGCAAAAGAAAGAGAGGACAGCUCUUCCAAAGAAGAAAAACUCCAAAAACACUGCUCCGGAAAAUCCAGCUGAAAAUCCUACUGUCCCAAAAAAAGAGGACGUCUUAAAAAAAAAUGUAGAACAACCAUCGACGAGCACCGGAAGUGCAUCGAAACCGGUUUUGCGAAAAUCAAAGGCAAAAAAGGUCACUGUUUCGUCCGAUUCCGAUGACGAUUUAAAGAACAUCUGUUGCGUGUGUUUGGAAAACAUUUUAUUAGCUUCUAAUAACAAACAAUGCAUCUUAUGCAACCGUAUAGCUCAUGACGAAUGUUGA